UAUCCCCCUCUCUUCGCUCCCCUCCCCUUUCUACUAUCUUGUUCUUUUCCCGCGAGUAAACUGAUAUGAUUGCUUGCUUCGCCGUAUACUUGCAUAUAUAUCCAUUUCAUUAAAGGCAUGAACCGUUCAUAGGAUCGAUAAUUGGUCAAUUGGCGUCAUAGCGGCACGAGCAAUCGGGAUCGGUAACUUUUCCGUGGGCAACGGUUGGCAGUACUUUCCGGCUAUUCACUUGGCUGCGUAUUUCCUCGCAUUUCGGAAAAUAGAUCCGAGUGGACUCGACUUUGACCGCCAUUUUCGUAUCUCUUUCUUUACUAUCGCGUGCGCCGCGAGGCUUGUUCAAUUUUCCUUUGUUUUUGAUUAAUUUGCCAAAACGUCGCAAAUGCAUGUAAAUAGUCAAAUCGAUCGAUGCGCGUUAAGCACGCGUAAAGAUGACCUGGUAACAUCACAACUCGGCAGAACACGUUCACGAAGCCGGUCGCGUCUUUUAGGCGGGCUCCUUUGUGUUGCUCGCAUGUCGCGUUGCAAGGCGUCGCCUGAUGCGGCUGUUUGGCUGCCGGUCUCUAGAUAACAAAGAUGGUUUCGUCAAAUCAGCCGCGGAAAACAAAAAUAUUUGUGGGGCGGUUGCCAGAAAAUUGUCGCAACGAUGAGUUGCGACAAUUAUUCAUGCGUUUUGGUGAGGUGACCGAAUGUGACGUUAUGAACCGAUAUGGCUUCGUUCACAUGGCACGAGAGGAGGAUGCAGCAGCGGCGAUCAAAGCACUUCACAAUUCCAACUUCAAAGGGGCGACGAUCAACGUGGAACAAUCGACCGGAAAGUCACGCGGAGGUGGAGGAGGACGCCGAGAUGACCGAAGAGGUGGACCAAUGAGAGGUGGUAGGGGGGGACGAGACGGUGGUAGAGACGCUCGUCCUGGACCAUACAAUGAUAGAAGAGUUCUUCCGAUCCAACUCGUUGGUUACGAUGGAUCUGCUGCAGGUGGCGUCGCAACGGGGUACACCGAUUACAAUCGUGGGGCUGGCGACUUUAGCGGCCGUGGAACGGACUUCGGCACCGGCUAUGCUGAUCGCGGGGCUUACGGUCAGAACAUGGGCGGCGCAGCGAUGGGUUACACCUCAACAGCACCGGGCAUGGGUGGUGGAUACGGACCGGCAGCCGGCGCCGUGGGAGGAUACGGACCGACGGGCGCAGCGGACUACGGACGAACGGCUGACUACGGUCGUGCCGACUUCGGUGCUAGAACAGACUAUGUUGGCAGCGGAAUGGCCGGAGAUUUCAAUCGCGGAGCACCUGGUCCGGUUGAUUAUGGUCGUACUGAUAAUUUUGGUGCCAGUCGUACAGUCGAUUAUACAGCUAGAAAUGAUUAUGAUAGAAGUGCAACUGGCCCUAUGAGAAACGGUGGUGGCGCCGUUGCCACUACCGGGUAUGGAACUGGGUACACUGAUGUUGGAUAUGAUGAGAGUCACUGGCCAAUGAGCACUGGACCUAGCUACAGCACUGGGGCACCUAGUUAUAGCACCGGUCCAGGACCGCAAGCUGACAUGUUUAGUAGAAGACCUGGUAGUGCCGUGCCCAGUGGUGGAUAUCCACCGGUAGCUGGCGGUUAUGAGGGCUAUGACAGACCGGACGCAUAUGGUCCUCCACGUGGCAGCGGUCGCUUCCCAGGUCCGGCAGACGCGAUGCCACCGAGGUACUAAAAGUGUACUAAAGCAAACAUUCGAGCGCAUGCGAAAGGCAGCCAUAAAAACAAAAAAUCGUAAAAAAAAAGAUUUUUGCCUUAUAGCGCCGAUCAUUCGCUUAUGGGCUUGAUUAUCUAGGAACUGCCCUCUGCGUUCUCUACGUCGAAUCCAUAUGAUUAUAAUGAAAACUAUAUAUAACUUAUAAUAAACCUUAUAAUGUUUAAUUGUAUUGUAAGGCACGGUAAGGAUAAGAAGAGUAUCAAUAGACAUAAAUAACAAAUUCAAGCCCAAGCAAUUUUUUUUGAACACCAUGAAUCAAAUUUAUACAUAAAUUUCAACACUAAGAUGAAUAUUUUGCUAUGUUAGUUUGUGUAUUAAUAGAAACUUUUUGACGUUGCUCAUUGAGUUUGUUUAUAAUUUUUUUUCUUAUUUUCUAUGGAUAAAUAAAAUUUCAUGAUAUAUCUAGUGUGGUCUGAACAUUUUCUUACACUUAAUUCUCUGUCCACACUGUGGCAUGGAUUAUUUUCUUGUAUAUCAUAGCGUUAAUUCUACAAAAAGUGACUUAUGCUAUAAUAACAAUGCUGUAAUAUUUUUUUUAUAUAUAAGAACAUAAUAAUGUUUUAAAUAUGCAUUAAUGAAGCAAAGAAACGUACAUAAUAACAGUUAUCACAAUUAUGUACCUUUAUAUGAAAGAAAUAAAGUGCAAACAAAUGUCCUAAAGUAAUCUUUACAUAAUCUCUAAUAAUAUGAUAUAAUUCAUUUUCUUUUUCUUCCAGUCGCUUUAUAUGUAGUAGAAUCAACAUUAAGUUUAAUUACUUGCUAAUUAUCAAAAAUGUCACAAUAAAAUCAUUCAAACAUUGUUUUACAUCAGUUAACAUCUCUUCGCAAGUAAUUCAUGAAUGAAAGUGCUUGUUAUUUUGCUAUUAAGAUAUACUGUCGUUAUAAUUUUUUUUUUCUUUUUUAAUCUUUAUUAUACGAUUUUUAUUAUUCAUAUAAGCGUUAAAAUACAGUUCUUACCUUAAAAUCUUGUUGAUUCAGUUACGUCGUAGAAGAAAAUAGCAGCGACAUCAGAUAGAGAAUACUAAUUGUCCAUCUCUAACAUAUAAUUUAUGUCAUUCGUAGGAGCGAACGGAAGAAAGUAAUUAGCAAUAAUUAGCGUGCGUUUAAUUAAUAUUAAUUCUUCAUUCGACGGCGUUGUGCAUUGUGAUCUUGUGCAUUAUUUUAAUAUAGUUUUGUAAAAAUUUAACAUGUCGAAUUGAAAGUUAUAUAUUGCUGCAAACCAUAUGUAAUGUCCAAUGUGAAAAUCUACUGAUGUUUCAAAACAUAAAAAAAUCUUGCAACGGAAGUCGAAUAUGGGAAGAAGUCGAUGAAGAAGAAUUCGAUGGCAAUGCAAAACGUCAAAUCUCCAGCUGGUGCAGUUUACUUAGUUAGGGCUGUACUGAAACGCCGGUUUGUGAACGUGCGACUGUGUACGCGUUGCCGUACGUUAUCCUGGUGGCGGCUUGUCGACCUGCGAUUAUUGAAGAAACCGAUUACACGACGAUUAUUCGCUAUGCGUGGCUACCCGUAGAUGCGACGAUCGGCGAAUAAACCAACCUGCGAUAUAUGGAUAAUGCGCCACAAAUUGCGUUUGCGCUCAAAGCUGGCGUGCUUUGAAUUUAAUCAAGAAGAUUACAAACGGGAUGAGGACAGACUGUUGGACAUUGAGAUGAACUCAAUGGGAAUCCCUAAUAAGCCUUCCCAGGAAGCCUUCACUGACUGUGAACUCAUUUGUCCAGGGGACAAGAGCUAAAUGUGAAGAUGGACAAAAAUAUCUGGCUGCUUUUAAUGAGAAAGAAAGGAAGCACGCAGGAACAAAGUACGAAAUUAUAAUUUUUAAUUGUGUAAAUUUUUUUUCACAUCAUGUAUCAACAUCGUUACAUAAAAUGAUAAAGCGAUUCUCAUCUUUAAAGGUAAUAAAACUUUUUCUCCUAA